AGUUCGCAAUCAGCGAUCAGUCAUUCACUUCGCGCAAAUCGUGGUGCUGUCCGCGGUUCUGAAUGUUUAGUAUGCGGCGCGUUGAUAGAGGCGCUGUCCGUGGUGCUGAAUGUUUAGUUCGUGGGCGCGCUGACCACAACACUGACAAUGGUGUUGUUGUUUUCUCGAGCUGAUCGCGGCGCUGUCCAUGUUGCUGAAUAUUUGUGCACUGGUAUAAUGGCACAACGAGGGAUUCCCACAGAUAAGUUAAAUGUGCACGCAUGAUUAUAUGUCAAGUUGGAUAAAGGCGUCUGGUAUAUGGCUAUUUUGUAUUGAAUCUGCGGCUUCUUCAAUUUAAGUUACAAUAAUUUCGAGAGCUAGCCUAUUCAAAUGCUUCUUUGUCUUACCUUCGGACAUUCCCUGAGAUGGUUAUAUCUACUUGUAACCCAUAGUUUUGUUGGUAUAACAUACAUGGCAUAGCCUACCUAUGGGAUCUGACGAUAAACCAUUUCAAAGGCUCCGGAAAACGAGGUCUAGCUAGGCAGGCUUACCUUUUGCAUUUAUAACACAUCUCCUGGUCUAUACAGGAGCAUUUCAAUGUAUCCACUGCUAGUCGUAAGUAGACUUAAUCAAUCCCAUACAGAAUAUACACUUAGUUAUAACACGUUAUACACGUUAUAUAACACACAUUGAAUGUAUGAUUCUGUCCAAUUUCACAACUAAAGUAACAGUGCUCUCUAAAGAAAUGCCAUAUUUCUGGUAAAAUGCAUGGAAUAAGAAUCUCUAUUUUUGGGUAGGGUAUUGGUUUUCUUAUUUUCAUGAUUUAUUUGGGAUUUUUUUAAAGACCAACACACACACACACACACACACACACACACACACACACACACACACACACACACACACACACACACACACACACACACACACACACACACACACACACACACACACACACAUAUAUAUAUACCAUAUAAGCCUCGGACAUCUUAUCAGAUCUAUUCACCACUUAUCAUGACACGCAAUGUAGCCACAUGGCACAGAAUCAAAUGCGUUAUUAUUUUUUUAUGAACAGUACAGCUACAAAAAUAUCACAUCUGAUGUCAGUGAAACACGGAAGAAAGAUCCAUGGCCAAUCCCUUCUUUAUCCCACUCCCAUCUGUCGACCAAAGGCGUAUAAAAAGCAUGAUGAGAGCUAGGCCUGCUUUAGGACUCUGGUAACGGUGUUUGGUGGCAAGCAACCAGUCAGCCAGCGGAGAGUCACAUGCUGCAACGUCAUUAUGUAGUAAGUUACUGUAAUUGCAAGGGAUACAGGCGUCAUUUCAAGCUCAAGAGGUCUCUCAUCGCGUAGUGCCGUCGCGGUGCGGCGUAUAGCAUGCAACCCCUUCGGUUUUAAGCGAUCUCCAAAGGAGCCGUGCAGCCAUGGGAGUCCAUUACCUCAACCAUGCAAUUUCCACCAUCAAUAAUUUAAUCUAUUUGCUCCAAAGCUGAAGAGAUAUCCUGAAGCUGUCGGACAGUACAGGGAAAAUAUAGCUUAAGUAAUUACACAGGGGGUUGUCCAAAACAUCCCAGAUGACACUGUCCUGUUGAAUGGUCUCCUUUACGAUUGGGCAAUAAAAGUUCCACCAGGUUAGAAGAGUGAUGACCAUCCUGUUCCUUACUAUGGUUAUUUCAUACUUCAGUUGCAUGAGAGCUGCUCCCAUGAGAGACGCCCCGGGUAUAAGGGGCCACCGAACGGAAGGCUACUUGGGUGCUGCAGUGACUGCCGGCCGGGGCCACGGGACUCCACAGAGCGGGGGUGGGCCGGGCCAGCAUGGGGGACUGCCCUCGCUCACAGACACAUUUGAGCAGGUGAUUGAGGAGCUCUUGGAGGUGGAUGGAGAAGCAGCUCAGCUGGGGCCUGGGGCUGACAAGGGCCAGGGAGGAGGGGGUCCUUCCUCUGUGGUCACCACGGAGACCAAGGAUGUCGACCUGUAUGCAUCGCGGGUGAUGAUCAGCAACCAAGUGCCUUUAGAGCCACCGCUGCUUUUUCUCCUGGAGGAAUACAAAAACUACCUGGACGCCGCUAACAUGUCCAUGAGGGUACGGCGGCAUUCUGACCCGUCGCGGCGUGGCGAGCUGAGUGUGUGUGAUAGUAUUAGCCAGUGGGUGACAGCUGUGGACAAAAAGACAGCGAUUGACAUGUCUGGGCAGACCGUUACCGUCCUGGAAAAGGUCCCUGUCCCCAAUGGCCAACUGAAGCAAUACUUUUAUGAGACCAAAUGUAACCCUAUGGGGUACACAAAGGAGGGCUGCCGUGGAAUAGACAAGAGGCAUUAUAACUCCCAAUGCAGGACAACCCAGUCCUACGUGCGAGCGCUCACCAUGGAUAGCAAAAAGAAGAUUGGCUGGCGGUUUAUAAGGAUAGACACAUCAUGUGUAUGCACAUUGACCAUUAAAAGAGGAAGAUAGUGUAUAUAAUGUAUAGAUUUUAUUGAGAGUUUAAAAAAGAGAGUAAAGAGAAAAUAUCUAUUUGUAUAUAUACAUAACAGG